AUGAAAAGCUGGAUUAUACUGCUGGCUAUUGCAGUCAGCACAGAAGAAGCACAAAAGCAGGACAUCUGUACCCAAGCAUAUCCUGGCAUUCCUGGCAAUCCUGGGCACAAUGGCAUACCUGGUCGUGAUGGACGUGAUGGCUCAAAAGGCGACAAGGGAGACACAGGGGAAGCAGGACUUCCUGGCACUCCAGGGAAAGAUGGUGCAAAUGGAGAAAAAGGACAAAAAGGAGCCAAUGGAACUGUUGAAGAGAAGGGGAACAAAGGAGAUAAAGGAGAAAGAGGACGACCUGGGAAACUAGGACCAAAAGGAAUUAUAGGGUCAGUGGGUUACAAAGGUCAGAAGGGAGAGCUGGGACUGCAAGGACAAAAGGGGUUAAAAGGAGACAUUGGGCCCAUAGGUCCAAAAGGGACAAAGGGUGAAAUUGGACAUCCUGGAAUAAUUGGUUUGCCAGGGCCAGUUGGCCCCAUUGGUAAUCCGGGUCCUAAAGGUAAUACUGGAGAUCUGGGGCCACCGGGCAGUCCAGGAAUUCAGGGGGAGAGAGGCUUGAAAGGAGACAGAGGAGACAAGGGAAACACAGGUGCCCCAGCAGUUCUGCCAAGGAGUGCUUUCAGUGUAGGCCUUACAGCUGCCACCAAGUUCCCUCCCCACAGUCACCCAAUCAAGUUCGACAAGGUGCUUUAUAAUGGCCUAAGUGACUAUAAUCCAGUUACCGGCAAAUUCACCUGCAAAUUCUCUGGUGUUUACUAUUUCACCUACCAUAUCACUGUCUACUCGAGGAAUGUCCGAGUAGCUCUAGUCAAAAACGGGAUCAAGAUGUUGCACACCAUGGAUGGAUACCAGGGUGCUGAGGACCAGGCGUCGGGAGCUGCCAUCCUUCAGCUACGGGCAGGAGAUGAGGUGUGGCUGCAGGCUCACCGAGGAGAGAGCUUCAACGGGCUGUUUGCAGAUGCUGAUGAUGAUACCACCUUCACUGGGUUCCUCCUGUUCAGCACCUCUGAGAUGCCGGAACUCACAGCAUGAAGCCACGCUGUUAAUCUGUGACUUGAGUCAAUUGUUGUCUGAUUUCUGCUCACCCAAAUCUUACUGUUCAAAGAGGUGGAGGUUCUUUAUGAAACUCAUGGAAUCAUA